CCCCUCUUCUUCUCCUCGACUCCUCCCCGUCCACACCAAACUCGAACGCGCAACCGAGAGACAGACAGCAGAGAAGCCGCGAGACGACGGGAAGAUAACUCGGCGAGCGAACGUCGUCCGCGCAGCGCAAGGGAGAAGGACAGAGGGAGGCGCCACUGCAAAUCCGCCGGAAGAAGGCGAGAGCACGGUCCACCAUGAGGCGCUCCUCCAAGAAGUCGUCAUCGUCCGCCCCGGCCGGUGAGGAACAAGUAAAUGAAAAACAAAACAGAAAAAGAAAAGGAGUCAGUACAAACUUGACCAGCAGGAAAGCACAACGUGGUCAAACUAAAGCGGUUUCCAAGGAAGUAGAACGGAUUGACCAACUUUUCUAUACUUAUGCUGAUAGCUCAUCUGGCAUGGUGGACCCAGAAGGCAUUGAAACACUCUGCUCUCAUCUUGAAGUUCCACAUACCGACGUUCGGAUUCUGAUGCUAGCAUGGAAAAUGGGCUGUGAAAAGCAAGGUUACAUUACUUUGGAUGAAUGGAGAUCUGGGCUGAAAACUUUGCGAGCUGAUAGUAUCAGCAAAUUGAAGAAAGCGUUUCCUGAAAUGGUCCAAGAAGUUACAAGGCCCUCUAAUUUCCAGGACUUCUAUCCGUUUGCAUUUCGUUAUUGCCUAACAGAGGACAAGAAGAAGUGUAUAGAAAUACCAGUUGCUUGUGAGUUGCUGAAUCUAGUAUUGAGCUUGCAGUUCCGCCCCCAGGUCGACAAACUUAUGGAUUACCUCAAGUACCAAAAUGACUACAAGGUUAUAAACAUGGACCAGUGGAUGGGAUUUCUUCGGUUCUGCAAUGAGAUAAUCUUCCCAUCACUUGACAAUUAUGAUCCAGACCAAGCAUGGCCUUUAAUUUUAGAUAACUUUGUUGAAUGGCUACGAGCAAAUAAAAAUUAGGCCUCUUAUAUUCAAGUGGUGAGGAAGAUGUCGUCCAAAUGUAAUGUUCAAGAAUCACCUUGGAGGCUUUUGGGGGAUGCAGAUCCAGCUUGUGUGUGACUGCUGCAUUUGGAGUCUGGUUUCAGAUAUCAUCGAUUGCCUUGUAUUUUGCUUUUCACAUUUUUGAUAUCAGAAACAGUUUGCAGGGCUCUCAUUAGAAAUUUUGCAUCAACAUGCUCUGUAUUUGUUGGACUCUACAUUACUACUAUUAUUACAUUCAAUGGGUUCUUGGUUGUAUAGUUUUGAGAGCAUGCGAAUUUUGCUGGAAGUCUUCAAUGAAUCUGGUGGCAUGCUUUGAUGUGAA